CUCCCCGACCCUGCAUUCACUAUACCCGGUCUCCCCGGAACCUGCAUUCACUAUACCCGGUCUCCCCGGACCCUGCAUUCACUAUACCCGGUCUCCCCGGACCCUGCAUUCACUAUACCCGGUCUCCCCGGACCCUGCAUUCACUAUACCCGGUCUCCCCGGACCCUGCAUUCACUAUACCCGGUCUCCCCGGACCCUGCAUUCACUAUACCCGGUCUCCCCGGACCCUGCAUUCACUAUACCCGGUCUCCCCGGACCCUGCAUUCACUAUACCCGGUCUCCCCGGACCCCGCACUCACUAUAUCUGGUCUCCCAGGACCCCGCACUCACUAUAUCUGGUCUCCCAGGACCCCGCACUCACUAUAUCUGGUCUCCCAGGACCCCGCACUCACUAUAUCUGGUCUCCCAGGACCCCGCACUCACUAUAUCUGGUCUCCCCGGGCCCUGCAUUCACUAUAUCUGGUCUCCCCCGGACCCUGCACUCGCUAUAUCUGGUCUCCCUGGGCCCUGCACUCCUAUAUCUGGUCUCCCCGGACCCUGCACUCGCUAUAUCUGGUCUCCCUGGACCCUGCAUUCGCUAUAUCUGGUCUCCCAGGACCCUGCAUUCAC